CUUCUCCUUCUUCUUCUUCCCCUGACGUAUAAAUCCCUCUCGGCCACACACACACACACCCACACCCACACCCACACACCACAAACGCGCGACGCAUUGCGGGCUUCGCACAAGCCCGGAGGCAAGGCAAGGGUGGAUGCUGCCGCGCGUCCUCACCUCUCCCCGCGAAUAAUCUGGUCUCAUGGCGAAGCAACACUAUGCAACCAGCAGCCUUGUGAUAGGCUAUGCUUUGUGCUCGAGCUUGCUGGCGAUCAUUAACAAGUAUGCCGUCACAAAGUUCAAUUACCCUGGCCUCCUGACUGCGCUACAGUACUUGACAUCUGCUGCUGGUGUUUGGGCCCUUGGAAAGCUAGGUUUUCUCUGCCAUGACCCCUUCAACCUGGAGACUGCCAAAAAAUUUGCACCGGCUGCUGUUGUAUUCUACCUCGCCAUAUUUACAAACACAAACCUCCUUGUUCAUGCCAAUGUGGACACGUUUAUAGUUUUCAGAUCCUUGACUCCGCUUCUGGUUGCUAUUGCUGACACAACCUUCCGGAAGCAACCAUGCCCUUCCAAGCUCACAUUCUCGUCCCUCGUAAUCAUAUUGGGAGGAGCAGUUGGCUAUGUGAUAACAGAUUCUGCAUUCAGCCUCACAGCAUACUCGUGGGCGCUUGCCUAUCUGGUGACAAUAACAGCCGAGAUGGUGUACAUCAAGCAUAUUGUGACGAAUCUGGGUCUAAACACAUGGGGUUUUGUGCUGUACAACAACCUUCUUUCGUUGAUGAUAUCCCCCAUCUUUUGGUUUUUGACAGGGGAGCACAAGUCAGUCUUCUCAGCAGUCGAAUCGCGGGGUGAGGGUUGGUUCCAGCUCGAUGCAUUUGUCGCGGUGGCAUUGUCAUGCUUGUUUGGGUUGCUCAUCAGCUUCUUUGGCUUCGCGGCUAGGAAAGCAAUCUCAGCCACGGCAUUCACGGUGACUGGGGUUGUGAACAAGUUCCUCACAGUGGCAAUCAAUGUGACGAUCUGGGACAAGCACGCCAGUGCAUUCGGUUUGGUUAGCCUGCUAUUCACUCUUGCUGGUGGGGUACUCUAUCAGCAAUCAGUUACUGCAAAAGGAAAUAUUGCAUCAGCACAGCAUGAAACAACAACAGAGCAACCUAAGGAUGAAAGUGCCAGUGCUGAGUAUGAUGAGGAGAAACAGGAGCUUAUUUCAUCUUGAGUGCCCCAGUGCAUGAAGAGUGACACUCUUAGCUUUAGAUCGACAGGUGUGUCCUUCAAUUCUGUUUAAUAGGCCCUUCGCAACAGAACCAUACAAUAGGCAGUGCCAGUGGUAGUACACAAUAUUUUCUUUACAACUAGAAGAAGGUCCUUUCUGUCCGUGGUACUCAUUUCUACUGGAAGAAAACUAGAUUAAAUUACUGUUUUUAUGGUAGGAAUGAUGCCUGUUGUAAACUUGUAACACAAUACCUAUAUGGACAUCUCAUAUUAUUCUUGAUUAUUAUA